AUGCGCAAACCGGACCGCGGCUGCUGCGGGCUCCUGUCAAAGUCGAAGACCAAAGAAACCCAGUCUAUCGCAUUGUACAACAUCCUUCAUGCGGAAAUUUCCUCGGCAGGUUUGACUAUUACAUAUGCGGACCCCGCGACCAGGAACGAUGUUACAGUUGGUGCCUUGCAAUACACUAUUUCAGACGAAGACAAAGCAAAAGCCGAAGCAUUCACGGCCAGGUUACUUGAUCUGGCGUACGGUAACGCAAAGCGCUACAAAAGGUUCAAGGUACUGAUCAACCCGUUUGGUGGGAAGGGUAUCGCCUCGCGAAUGUAUCAUCAAUACGCGGCGCCGAUCCUUGCGGCUGCACAUUGCGUAGUGGAAGUAGAAGAAACAACGCAUGGGGGACACGCCACAGAGAUAGCGGAACAGAUUGAUAUAGACGCAUACGAUGCAAUCGUAUGCUGCUCCGGUGAUGGAUUGCCCUACGAGGUCUUCAAUGGUCUGGCCAAGAAACCUAACGCUCGUGAGGCCCUAUCUAAGCUCGCUGUCGCCAUGAUACCUGGCGGCUCCGGGAACGCCAUGGCUUGGAAUCUUUGCGGCACAGGUAGUGUCUCUGUUGCCGCGCUGGCGAUUGUCAAAGGGGUAAGGACCCCCAUGGACCUGGUCUCCAUCACGCAGGGCAAAUCUCGAACCCUGUCUUUCCUGUCGCAAUCUUUCGGUAUCAUCGCAGAAUCUGACUUGGGAACCGAUAAUAUCCGGUGGAUGGGUGCCCACCGCUUCACCUACGGUUUCUUGGUCCGUCUCAUGCAGCGCACAGUGUGGCCAUGUGACCUAGCCGUGAAAGUGGAGAUCGAUGACAAGAACGCGAUAAAGGAGCAUUACAGGAGAUAUGCGGCCGGGGAACCUCCCCGCCACCCCUCUGAAGACACCGUCGCCGGAUCGGGAGGGCUCCCCGACUUGAAGUACGGCACUGUGUUGGAUGAGAUCCCGCAGGACUGGGAAGUCGUCCCAGGUGAGAACAUGGGCAAUUUCUACGCGGGCAACAUGGCUAUCGUUUCCGCAGACACGAACUUCUUUCCGGCCUCUCUGCCUAAUGACGGUCUGAUUGAUGUUGUCACAAUUGAUGGAACCAUCAGCCGCCUCACAUCGCUCAAGAUGAUGACAGAGAUCCCUAAGGGAGGAUUUUUUGAUAUGCCGGGUGUUAAGAUUCGUAAAGCUUCGGCAUAUCGACUUACUCCCCGUGAGAAAGAAGGCUACAUCAGUGUCGAUGGUGAACGUAUACCCUUUGAGCCGUUCCAAGUCGAAGUUCAUCGUGGUCUAGGCACGGUGUUGUCGAAGUCUGGACACCUUUACGAGGCCGAGGGCCCUCGGCCAUGA